AUGAAGCCGCAAACAGGACGGAUCGUCAGCUUGCUAUAUGCAUUGCUGCCAUUGAUGAUCGAUGCAGUUUGUGGGAGAGCUCAAUAUGCAUCACCUUACGGCGGUGCUGGAGCUUAUGCAAUUCCAGGAGUGCAAUCUAUAUGGUCAGGUUCCCCAAUUGUGGUCAAUGAUAAUCAGUAUAGUGCCCAAGAACAGCAGCGACAGUAUCCAAAUAUAAAUGGUUAUUAUGGGGAUACCUCAAGACCAACCUAUCCAAGUUGGAGAAGAGAGGACGACACCUUGCCUUCAUAUCAACCAAGUUGGCGAAGUGAAUCAAGAACACAGGAGCUGCAACCACCAGCACGUUAUCCCAAUCACAAUUACAACAAUGUGCCGGGUUACUUUUACUACCAACAACAGGAAACUACACCAACAACAACACCAAUCACAAAUGAAUUUCAACAAUCUUAUCUCCCUCGCCCCAACACUGAAUUGGAAUCCAGCGAUUCACGACGCGAUGAGGAGCAAGUAGUCCAAAUUGGUGGCAGUCGCUCGCUGGCCACAAAUAACUAUCAAAAUGUGUACACCAACAAUGGUAAUUACUAUGAACCCGCCCAAGCUUGGAGGCAACGUGAUUUUCAGGCCAAAUAUGCUCAGCAUUUUGCCAAUUAUCUGCGUAAAUAUCCCAGGCGCCUGCAGCCAGUCUACGAUGUCGGUGAAGAUUUCGAUGAGAAGUAGAAGAGAGAGCCGGAAUAUUCCCCUUAAAAGAAUGUUACCCUGUAAAGAAGCCAAAAAUUGAAUAAAUUCCCUUAAGAGCCAUUUUGGUU